GGUAUAAAGGCAGCCGGCGGAUGGCCGCGGCACACUCGCACGUGGGAACACACGGCGGACAUAGCAGCGAUGGCAAGUCUCCAAGGAGUGGUAGCCGCUCUGGCCCUCGGCCUCUUCGUCCUGGAGAUGGCAGGCGCCGCUCUCGUCUACCAGCCAGUGGCGGUGCCGGCCCACCAUCACGUGGAGUUGCGCAGCGUGAGGGAGCAGCCGCAGGGGGCGUUCCUGCUGCACUCGCUGUACCCUGCACAAGAUGUCGCGGCCCCUGAAAGCAGUCAUGUCCGUGUUGUUCGCUCGCCGACCAAGUUCAAGUUCGGCGGCAAGGGUGGCUACGGCGGCUACGGCGGAGGCUACCCCGGAGGUUACGGAGGCCACGGUGGAGGCUACCCCGGAGGUUACGGAGGCCACGGUGGAGGCUACCCUGUCGGCGGCUACGGAGGUGGCUGCAACACCUGCGGCGGCGGCGGCUCCUACAGCCAGUCCUCCAGCCAGGCUUCCAGCCAGUCCUCCUCUGGCGGCUGGGGUGGCAGGAGAUAAGAAGUCUGUCAUGGAACGCAGCUUACCAGACACGACCUCUCCUGGAUGUCAUCCCAGUGCAUCACUGUUUUACAUGUGUUUGUAACAUAUAAAAAUAAAAAUAUCUACUUUUCA